UCUCAUUCUUCUCUUUACCAGCUCUCAAACCCAAAAGGAAAGGGAAAAAAAUCAUAUUUUUAAAAUUUCAUCAACCUCUCUUGAGAUUUGGUGGGCAGUGAGCGAGUGAGCGAGCGAGUUCAAUUUUAUUGAAACAGAUAACUAGUUGUUGAAAAAGACAUGAUUAUACAUCAUGUCACAUCCAUAUAAUGUUGUCACGGUUUAGUUUUUUCUUAGUACCUUAUGGUAAUUAGAGCAGUGUGCCUAAUGAGAAGAGAGGGGAAAGAAGAAGAUGUGGUGUAGAAAGAAUUUGAGCUGUACUGAUACAGGAUCUGUGCCAGUGUACCUUAAUGUUUAUGAUCUGACACCAAUCAAUGGAUAUGCUUAUUGGCUUGGACUUGGAGUUUAUCAUUCUGGGGUUCAAGUUCAUGGUGUUGAGUAUGCUUUUGGGGCUCAUGAGUUUCCUACAACUGGAAUUUUUGAAGGAGAACCAAAACAGUGUGAGGGGUUUACAUAUAGAAAGACGAUCUUGAUUGGAAAAACAGAUUUGGGUCCUGAACAAGUGAGGGGAGUUAUGGAGGAGUUAGCAGAGGUAUAUAGAGGGAAUGCUUAUAAUUUGAUAACCAAGAACUGCAACCAUUUCUGCAAUGAUGCAUGCGUCAGGCUCACUGGUAAUCCCAUCCCAAGCUGGGUUAAUCGGCUCGCUCGAAUUGGCUUUCUAUGCAAUUGUGUUCUUCCUGCAAAUUUAAAUUCAACUAGAAUUCAGCAUCAUAAAACUGAAGACAAAGCUUGUGAAGGAGAGGAGAAAAAAUUGACAAGCGAGUCAAACAGAUUCACAUCUUCUAAUUCUUCAUCAUCCUCAUCAUCACCACCUGCAGUUCGCGGUAGAAGUAGAAGCAGGCGUGCUCUUCAACCCUCCUCGCCCUUGAUUCUCCGCGCUUCAUCUCCUUGAUGAUCUUUAAGAACUGAAUUUUUUUAUUUCUUGAAAUCGUUCAAAGAAAACGAGGGGAAGCAAAAUCUUUAAUCACAGUCCCCCCGCUUUCCUCAUUCUUUUUUUGGGGUUUUGUGGUGCUAACAUUUUGUUGAAGGGAUUGUGCAGGCAUGCAGCA